AAAAUCCCGUGGGGAAUCCCGUGACAACAGCCACAUAUAUAAUGUAAUAUUUUCCCUUGAUAAUUUUUAGGAAUUUAUAUUAUCACAUUGAAAUACCACAACAUCAGUUUUUCAUCAGGUAAUUUUUGUCUUGGAAUACAUAUUGAAAGGUAACACGCAAACUUUGGUUGAGGGCAAAAUGAGGGCAUUUUCUGUCACAAAAUUGAACCUGACCGGACGAUUUAAACCGUAAAAGUAUAAGAAUGAAUAUUUUUAAAAACGACCAACGUCGGUGAAUGCGAUUUAUUGGUAGGUUCACCGAAAUUACAUAACUUUAAUAAUCUCUAACGAGCACAGCCAGCAGCACGGCGGUGUCAACUCGUCUUACCUUGGUUUUUCACUUCGGUCCCCACCGAACCAAAGAGCCUUUCUCCUAGUCCGCCUUGAAACGACGGCAGGCGCUCGCCCAACCAGUGGUCCGCCGGUGUGUCGUUUGUGCGGUUGUCGUUGUGCCGGCCGAGUCGUAAACAACGCAAUAUUUAUAAAAAAAAUAUAUAUUUGCUUUUUUACCGAAAACAAUACCGGGUUUCCUCCAAGAAAAAUCCAAAAAGUUUGGCUCGGGUUGGCCCCGGAUCGGCCUGGACGUGCGGUCAUGGGUGGAAUCGAUGCAGUCUGAAAGUCUACACUGUGUUUUUGUGCUUGCUUGAGCGUGCUUAAAACCAAAAUGCUGGACUGGCCGAAGGGGACCAGCUACCUGGAGGUGGUGGGCAUCGUCGGCCUGUGCCUUUGGCUGCUCAAGCUGACGGUUGUCGCGUCCAAAUCGGUUUACCAGAAUUUACUAGCGCCGUUGAUGGGACGCGGCGUGGACUUUAAGAAAACCGGACAGUGGGCAGUAAUAACCGGUGCCACCGAUGGAAUUGGAAGAGAAUACGCCGAACAGUUGGCUGCCAAAGGCAUGGACGUGGUGCUGGUCAGUCGGACCAAAUCGAAAUUGGAGAACACGUCCAACGACAUAAAAUCGAAAUACGGCGUCGACACGAAAAUCAUUGAAACCGACUUCACCGACCACGACCCCGAACUGACCGACCGCCUGGCCAAAGAAAUGGGCGAUUUAGACAUCGGCGUGCUGGUCAACAACGUGGGCGUCUACAACCCGUAUCCGGAUUAUUUUUUGAACUUUGACAAAAAUAAUCCUCUGUACGAUAACAUGGUCAAGUGUAACAUAUCUCCGGUGGUGCACAUGUGCCGGGCCGUCAUGCCGGGCAUGGUAAAACGCAACCGGGGUGUCGUCAUUAACAUUUCUUCAGCCGCGGCCGUCAUACAUUGUCCUCUCCUAACCGUUUAUGGUGCCACAAAAACGUUUGUCGAAAAAUUCAGCGUUGAACUGGCCAAAGAGUAUGAAAACGAUGGGAUUCUGGUGCAAUGCGUUUUACCGUACUUUGUGGCCACCGAAUCAAACAACAUUCUCAACCGACCGUCAUGGUUGGUGCCAACUGCCAAAACCUAUGUCCGUUCUGCCAUCAAGACGACCGGCAUCCAGAGUAUAACCACCGGAUAUUUCCCCCACACUAUAGUGGUGUACACGGUCAAGUUAUUGGAUUCAAUAUGCCAUCCACUGGUGUCGGCCAUAUCGAUGAAGUUGUUGUUGAGAUGUCGCAAUCGGUACAUGAGACGCUACAGUGAAAUGUCACAAGUUUAGACUGCAUAUUAGUAUUAUGAUAAUAAUACAAAAAAAUAUAUACAUUUUUUUUUCUACAUUAAAAACAAUCUGAAAAAAUAAUAAUAUUUUGUUAAACGUAGCAAUUUAAGGUGUUUUGUAGACAAAUCAAAUAAUCUCUACUUAUUACUUAUCUCUACAAUGUCUACUUAUUUAGUUUUAAUGACUACCUAUUGAAAGCAGUAUUGUUUUAAUUGGUUUCACAUAUUAUUAUUACAACUGCAUUAAUAAACAAUGUAAAACCUGUAUCUAAAACUCUCAUACAACGUUAAUAAAAU